UAUAUAUCACAUAAUACAAUUUUGUGCACAAAUAUGGAAAGUUUGACUACUAAAUCAGGAAUUGGAGCGAUCAAAGGAAGAGAUCUACUCAGGAGUAUUCUUAGAUUUAUAGACUAUUCCUUGGACACUAAUUUCAAGGACCGUAUUUAAGGUUUAUUAUCUUGAGGAUGAAGCUCCUACGAGACAGGAUGUUUACAAGAAAUAUAAGGACACUAAGUAUCUCCCAUGCUUGGAAGCUGCAAGAGAUCAUAUUAGCAAUAUAUUUCAUGAUUAUCAUGGCAAAAUGAUGAUCUAUAGUUUUAAGGAUUUUGGAGAUGCAGGAGAUUAUGUCGGAUGAAAAACGCUGUCAGAAUAUGCGACUUAUAGCUAUAUUAGCAUGAACAUUUCUUACCUCCCUGCUGAUUCGAGGGUUGGGCUUUGAUUCCCAAAGGAGUGAAAACAAUGGAUGCUAAAUGAGGCUCAAUAUCCUAUCUCUGACUAUUUAUCAAAAGCUAUGUACAAAACAGGUGAAUUAUGGAAAAUAGAGCCUAUUACAAAAUAUAACUUAAGUUUCUCAAUAUCAUUUAUACAGCCAGAUACUUGGAGAGAGACACAAGUCAGAGAGAAGGCUAUUGGCUCUACUAUUGUCGGCUCAAUAUUUCUCAUCUUCAUACUUCUCACCAUCUUAAUGAGCACUAUUAAAAAUUAUUGGAAAGGUAGAACAAUAGAAACCUCAAAAAGUAUAACUACAAAAUCAAAGGAUCAGAAAAAUUAUAGGAGCACUCAACCACUUACACAUGAAGUUGAGACUGAUGAGGAGUCGUUCACUCCUCAUUUUACUUCUCUUAAUUUCUCAAGUUCAAUAGCUGAUGAAGAUACAGUGUUUGACGAUAACAAAGCAUCAAUGACAUCAUCCUGUCAAUUUGGCAAGCAUUCUUUCUCAACGAAUUUACCUUGAGAGGAUCUUUCCAAAGAAGGUGAGCAUGGAGGUCAAUCCAUCGAUCAUUAUGUAAAGGAAGAAUCUUCACGAAAUUAUAUCUGAUAUGAUAUUAUUAAUUCCUUCUCUGUUCAGAACAAUGUUGACGCACUAUCACAACCAAAAUUAUCCUUCGUCGAUGGAAUGAGGGUUAUCACAAUGAUCUGGGCCUUGCUAGGACUCUCUGCUGUAUACAUUCUGACUGUCAAUAGCAGGGAUAUCCAAGUCUUCUUCGUGUACUUAACGGAAUACGCUUUUGCAUUUCUUGAAGCAAGCUUGAUGACCCCUGAUCUGUUCAUGUUCUUUAUUUAUUUUCUUUCAUUUGUGACAAUCUCAAGGUUUUAUGAUAAAAACCAUGGUAUAUCAAAGAAGGACUAUUUAUUCAUAUACCUUAGCAGAGUCAUGAAGAUUGUUCCAAUGUACUAUUUGAUCUUUUUCUUCGGCUGGCAGGUAUACCCAUUGCUUUCUGAUACGCCUGGAUGGUUUGUCACCGAAAGAUUCUUUCAGAACUGAAAUAAUGAUUGGCCAUUCGUCCUUACUUUCGUGAAUAACUUAUAUCCAUUCUUUACGAAAGCAUUAGAAGGGUGAUUCUAUUGGCCUUAUGUUAUCCCUAAUGACAUAAUUUUGCAUAUUUUCUUACCUCUUUGGGUCAUAGUCUAUAAACGGAACAGAAAAAUAUUUUGGAUUAUGGCCAUUUGAACUUUAUUCUUAGGCUUUUUCAUUAUUUUCUUCAUCACAAUGAAGCAUAGACUCAGAGUUGGAGUUCUGACUUUUGAAGAUUAUUAUCUUUUUGCUUAUCUUUUUAAUAAGCCAUACACGAAGUUCCCUUCUGUUGCAUGAGGAAUCGCUAUGGGAGCUUUUUACCUCAAAAUUCAUGAAUAUCGGAAAGCUACUGAUGAGGUGAAGAAGCAGAUGAAAAUUUGACACUUUAUUCACACAAGUGAAAAGAUCCAUUAUGCAGGCUAUGCUUAUUUCUUUAUCACCUUCAACGUGGUUGUUGGACUCCCUGUGUUAGCAAACGUAGAUGGCUACAGUUGGCCCAUGAUUGCAAAUGCAAUGUAUUUCACUUUCAGUAGAUUCCUUUACAUCACCUGUGUGAUGACGCUAAUGAUAACUCUCUUUUGUCAAAGAGCAAAAAUGGUGAAAUCAUUCUUGACUGUGUACUUCUGGACACCUUUGUCAAAGCUAACUUUCAUAGUCUACCUCAUAUUCCCACUGGUGAUUGGGGCUGGGUACUUUGCAACUCAUGGCGAUGUGUAUCAUGAUUAUUUAAAAGCAAUAGUAUUUAUGACCGCUAAUACUAUCCUAAGUUACAUAUUUGCCUUCUUAUUGUACAUAUCCGUACAAAAGCCUAUUGAUAAUAUCAAAUCAUUGAUAGCAUAUAAGCUUGCUUCUUGCAGAAGAUCAGCUAGGACCAUGAAAAAGGAGAGUAAAGUUAAGGCUCAAAAGUUUAAAAACGAGAAAGAGAAAAGAGAAUAAUUUUUAAUUUUGAUUUAUUUUUAUCCAAUUAUA